AUGGAAAAUAUUACCAAUGCUAUAAAAAAUGCUGCUAAAAAUAGAAUUUACAAUGCAUUAGUUUGUGAAACAUUUGAAUUAGCUGAAAAACAAGCAUUAGAAGCAGUCAAAAAAGGAUUAACACCUUUUCCUAUAGUUAUAAAAGAUUGUUUUGCAGUUAAAGAUUUACCAUUGACAUGUGCAUCAAAUAUGUUAAAAAAUUUUAAGGCUCCAUAUACAGCUACUGUUGUUGAUAGAUUAUUUAAGAAUGGUGGUUGUAUUAUUGGAAAAGGAAAUAUGGAUGAAUUUGCCAUGGGAGCAUCAUCAAAUGAUUCAAUUUUUGGAGGAGUAAAAAAUGGUUUUACUAAACCUGAAGAUUUAGAUAAUAAUUGGCUAAUUGCUGGUGGGUCUUCGGGUGGAUCUGCUGUUGCUGUUCAACUAGGAAUAGCUGAUGUAGGUAUUGGUUCAGAUACUGGUGGUUCAUCAAGAAAUCCAGCAGCAUUUUGUGGUUUAGUUGGUUUCAAACCAUCAUUUGGUGCUUUAUCAAGAUAUGGCCUUGUUCCACUAGUUAAUUCAUUGGAUUGUCCCUCUAUUAUAGCAAAAAAUGUAGAAUCAACAAAGAACUAUUUUAAUAUGAUGAGAGGUAUUUGCAAACAUGACAGUACUUCAUUCGAUUCUUCAUUAAAAAAAAAUAAACGUGAAAAAAAUAAAUUGCGUGUUGGUAUACCAAUAGAAUAUUUUCCCGAUAGUUUAACAGAAGAGGCUAAAAAUGCUAUAAAUAUUGUGGCAAAUAUAUUCGAUAGUAUGGGAUAUGAAAUCAAACAUAUUUCUUUACCUCAUACUGAAUAUUCUAUAGUUUGUUAUCAUAUUAUUAAUGAGGUUGAUGUAACAUCAAAUAUGGCACGGUAUACAGGUUUAUUUUAUGGUGAAUCAACAAAUUAUAAAAUAAAUGAAAAUAUUUUAUUUGCUAAUGAUUGGAUUGCUAAUAAUAGAACACAAAAUUUUAAUGAAACAGUUAAAAGAAGAAUAUUUGCUGGAAAUUAUUUUACCAUGAAAAAGCAAAAUAGAAAACACUAUAUAGAAGCUCUUAAAGUACGAAGAUUAAUAUUUAAUGAUUUUCAAAAUGCAUUUUCAAAUGAAUGCGAUAUUAUUUUAACACCAGUUACCUCUUCAACACCUCCUUCAUAUAAAUCUUACAAUGAGGAUAAAAUUAAUUGUGAAAGAAAAGACGAUUAUUUUACACAAUCAGCAAAUAUGGCGGGUAUACCCGCUAUUUCAUUACCUGCUUUUAAAAAUCAAACAAAUGGGAUUUCUUUGUCUGUUCAAUUGAUGAUGAACUUUGAUAUGGAUGAUACAUUACUUGAUGUUUCAAAACUAUUGGAAAAAUAUCUUUCAUCACUAUAA